AUGUCGGAACUACAGAUGCUUCUGGAUAUGGGAUUUGCCGAGCCACGAGCAAAGAAAGCGCUGGCGUCGACGCAGAACAAUCUGGGUGCUGCCAUCGACUGGAUGGACUCGCAUCCCAACGACGAUGGUGUGACACCAGCAUCGUCAUCUUCUGCAACGGGAGAUCAUGUCAAGGGUAAUACUGAGAGCUCAGGUACACUUAAGUUAGGGAGUGCCGCUGCAGAGGAGGAAGUUGCUGUAUCUCUACAGUGUGACAAUUGUGGUAAACAACUGAGAAGCGAGUUAAAGGUGUACUUUAAAAGAAAUAUACCUUCCAAUCGUACAAUCAUUCGCGUCAUUAAUUAA